UCUUCAUUUCUGAUGUGCUUAAUCCUCAUGGAGCUACAUCCGUAACCAUGGUGACGCGGGUCGAAGUUGGCUCCAUCGCAUCCCUGAGGGCGGGGCCGGGCCUCGGUGACAUCAGCAGGGAGGAAGCCCUGAAGAGGACCUACUUUUGCCAGACUGGGGAUGCCUCUGGGGCUCCCUCCACUAGGAUCCUAAGAGCGAAAAGCCCCCUACGGACCCACCUGUUCCCUCUGCCCCUUGCUCCCAAGCCUUUCCUUAAGGAGCAGGUCCCUGAGAAGAAGGCUCCUGCCACAUCUUCGUGGCCUGGUGCCACCCAGUCCCGUCCUUCGACUGAGGCUGACAAGAAGGAAGCUAAAGAGGACGUGGUUAAGAGGAUGCCGAGCUUAGCCGGCCAGGAGGCAGACAGAGGGGAGACCCUGCCGAAUGGCCCGUCUGUACCUAACAAGGCCACGUUCCUGAGGGCUGGCCCCAGCACCAUGGGCAUCUUUGAAACAACCAAAGCCGGACCCAGCCUGGGCAAAGGAACCAGUGAGGGGAGCCGGGAGGCCAGUUCCCGGGCAGCCCAGGCAUCUCCCUUAAGUGCCAGGCCUGAGGUGGCCACCAAGCCUGCCCUCCCCGCUCGAAAGCCCCCGGUGACUCUGCCCCGACCCACCUCCCUGUCACAGGACGCUGGGUCUCCUGUGUCCCAGGAGGAGGCAGGCCGAGCCCAACCUUUGCCAAAGGCCCACAGUGUGGAGGACCCCGCUGGCCAGGCCCCAGAGGCCAAGCCCCACCUGAAGAGACGGCCCAUGUCAGCAGUGUUCAGCGAGUACCUGCAGCCCCCGAAGCCAGGCCCAGGUGGAGUGGCAGUCACGGGCAAAGUCCCCCCUACACCUCCGGAGAAGACGUGGGUGAGGAAACCCAGGCCUCUGUCUGUGGACCUGACUGCUGUGUUCGAGAACAGAGAGAUGUUGCUGAGGAAGGUGGGCGGUGAGCAGAAUUCUGCAGAGAGCCAGGGCCCGGAGAAGACCAAGACCAGCCUGGAACCCAAGGGUGAUGCAGAGGGCCCUGCCCGCAUGGACGCCACCCCUCAGGACCCUGACUCAGACUUCCAGGAGGUGGCCAAGAAGCUCCAUGCACGGAGGGAGAAGGCCAUUCUUAAGCAGGCAGAUACAGACAGUCCCAGGACUCCAAGGGCCAGGGCCAUCCCUGGAGAUGAUCAGAGUCCCCAGGAAGAGGAAAGGCCAGACCAGCAGUCAGAGAAGGUGCCAGAAUCCCCUUUGCCCAGGCCAGGAAGAGGCCUGGGGCUGGCCGAGGUCAAGGCUGGAGGAUCUGACCAGGAGGCUCCUGCAGGGACAGAGAGGAAGUCUGUAGGGAGCAUCAGGAAGCGCCUCAGUCUGUUUGAGGAAGAGAGCGCUGUGGCCUUGGCAGUGGUGUCUGAGCCCUCCCCUGUGACCCCUGAGUCCCCAUCCACAGUGCCAGAGCCUGAGAGAGCUGGUGUGAGUGUUCAGGCUCGGAUCAAAGGCUGGACUGUGGAAAGCACAGGGGCGAAGCCAGAGGUCAGGAGAAGGACGUCCCAGGCGCGGCCAUUGUCUAUGGAUCUGACCAAACCGUUCUCACGGUCGCCUUCGAGCAGUGAGGUCGGGUAUGAGAAGUGUGCUCUGCUGGGUGGUGAGCUCCCCGGAGAAAGGAGAGAAAAGCCUAAGGAAGGGCGUGGUUUGGAUGGAGCCCCCGCCGCAAAAAGUCCCUGGAAGCCUGGGGUGCCCCAGAAGUCCAGGCAGACAGAACCCAAAGAUGCUUCUGACCAGGACCCUGACAGGUGUCGGCGUGCACACUCAACAGGAGACCCGGGUCCUUCUGAAGUCAGUCCAGAGGAUGAUGGAAGCUUCCAGAAGGUGUGGGCCACAGUGUUUGAGCAUCACGUGGAGAGACACACCGUGGUUGACCAGGCAGGCCAUUGUCUCUCGCCUGCACCCUCUCAUGAUGUGACUGGCGUCCCGGAUCCCAAACCCAGGCCUGAGAAAGGCUAUUGGCUGGGGAAGGACCCUCCAGGGGUGAUAAACAAGAGAGACAGCUCCAGGUGGUCCGACCAUGCCGACCCGGGGAUGCUGGGACGAGCUGUCCUUGUGGAGGUGGAGCCGAGACAGCAUCCCACCUCUGUCCCUGAGACACCACACCCCGUGGGAGAAGGGCACAGCAGUCACUCUGUCCUGAGGCAUCUAGAAAGCCCCCCUGUGUCCCAGAGGAUCCAGCCCAAGUAUGACAUUGUGCACACCUCCGGGGAGCGGGCGCACAGCGAAGCUGUUUCCAGGGUGCCCGAGGAGAAGGCGGUGACGCUGCGCAGUGGCAGACCCCGGCUCUCGCUGCAGGGCCGGCAGCUGUCCCAGGAGGUCGACCCUACUCACGUGGAGUGUGCUCUGCGGGCUCAUGGGGGUGCCGUGCAGAGGGCAAGUUCAAUAUGGGAAGCUCGGGGUCAGGAGGCCAGUGGGCCAAAGCUUGAAGGUCAACAGCCAAGGGAUGGGUGUGGGAGCAGCUGCCCGUCAUCCAAAUGGACGGGAGGAGUGGUGGCCAGCUGGCAGAGCACCUCCGCGGCCGGCAAAGAUCUCAGUGCUCCCCAAAGGGGUCCAUCCUGGGAUGGCUCUUCACAUCCUCCACCCAGGGCCACCGUGGAGCCCGGUGACUCCCAAGUACAAGCGAGGCCCAACUCAUUGCCUCUGCAGAAAGGUCCCCUCACAGUCGGCAGCGGUGAGGAUAGCCCGAGGCUGGCCCAGGCAUUCCAGCCUGAAGUCAGAAUGCGGAGGUCCAACCCUUCGGAGCCGAGGAUGGACAGGUGGAGACGGCGGACUCUGCCCCACGAUGUAAAGUUUGAUGCGUUCAGCCUGCUCACGCCAGAGAGCACCUCCAGAAGGCAGCAGAGACCUGCAGAUGAUGUGACCUCCCCAACCUGUGCCUUAACGAGACCUCCAUUGUCCCACCUCCAGGCACAAACUCGGGAGGUGACUCCAGGUGCCUCACACAGUAGGGCUUCUCCGGUGGAGAAGCCGGGGCCGUCUGCUGAACCCAGCGCAACUUUCUUUGCGGUGACCUAUCAGAUUCCUGACAUUCAGAAGGCCAAGAGUAUUGUUAAGCCAGGGCCGGAAAAUGUGUCGGAACCUUCUAGAAGAUCGGCUCCCCCUCUGUCACCUCGUUCUUUUGUGUCUACUCUGGCUUCUCCUAGCCAUGAAGAGCCACGGGCUCCGGCCAGCAGUAAGGGCUGGACUAAGGGGAGAGAAUACGAAGAAGUAAAGAGCCUUUCAAAACACCCGAAGGCCACGGAUCAGGCAUCGUCUGCCGAGGACAGGAGGCUGGAUCCUUCCAGGGACAGAGUCGUUGAUGUGGACGCUCUGUGGCUUCAUCGAGGGUCAGAAGAAGGCACUUGGAAGGACAGCAGGAUCAGGGCAUCCUCAGGCAUGGACGCCCCACAGACUUCCCCGGUCCUGAGGCGCCCCAAAAGUCUCCUGGUCAGAAGGAGGACAGAAGUGAUCAGCGAGACUUUCCCAGGGAAGAUGAGAGAUGGCUACAGGUCUGGUGUCCUUGACAUUGAUGCCCUGAUGGCCGAGUACAAAGAGCAGUCAAACAGAGUCCCCAGCAAGGCCCAGGAGCAGAGGGACAGUCCUGCCGAGCCCAGUGGCUCCCCUCAGGAGAGAUCAGGUUGGCCCAAGGAGGCGGAGUGGGGGCGGAGGAGCCUGAAGGAAGCUCCCCGGUCAGACAGUGUUGGGAAACAAGCAGGGGCCUCUGUGAAAACUCCCCCGUCCCCUGGCCCCAGCAAACAGCCAGCAGAGCCCCUAGGGGCAGCCAUGACCACCAAGUCCGGUCUGCCACUGUGGGCACCACCACACUCGGCUCCUGUGGAAAACUGUCCCUCCCCUGUCCCCGCUGGCUCCAGGAGAAAGUCCUCGGGCAUCUCUGAGUUUGAGAGCAAGCCCUCCUCCAGUGAGCACCAGGAGACAAAGUAUAGACAAGGCCCAGCCAAGUCCCAGGAACCGGGCAUCGCCAUCGGGGACAGAAUCUCCCCCAGGUCACCUCCCUCCGACCGGAAGAAAGGGACACCAAAGAGGUCCACUGGUCAGGGAGUGGAGGGCAAUGGGGUGCAGUGGGGAACCCCCCCACGUGACUGUACUUGGUCACCCCUGGACAUCAAGAGGGCCUGCUCAGAGAAGGGCCCACCAGCCAGGGUCCGGGAGGGCCUGUCUGUCAUGCAGGACGCCAGGCAGCGGAGACGAGAACAGCUCAGGGAGAAGCCGGGUCUCCCCACUCAGACUCCCAAGGCCACAGCAGGACCCUGCCAGAAGGAGACAAGGAAGCCGGAUGGUCCUAAGGUGCCUCUGCAGAACCCGGAGCAGGGGGAAGGUCUGCAGGACGGCCAGCAGCCUCUCCGGAAGGUGUCCCCCGUGGCCUCUGUCCCCAGGCGAAGUCACAGCUUUUGCAAGGACAAGAGGAGCGGUCCCUUUGUGAACCAGCUGAAGCAGUGCUUCUCCAGGCGAACCCCCGAGGCCAAGGACACUGACACCCUCGUGCACGAAGCCGACAGCCAGUAUGGGACCUGGGCAGACCAGGGCCAGAAUGGAGGCAGUUUCGGCCCCGAGUCCCCGUCGUCUCCCGACAGCAGUGCCGCGUCUGCCGGGAAGCAGCCACCAAGUAGUCACUUGUCCUCGUACACGGAGUCCACGUCAGUGGAUCAGCACGACAGCUCCCGGGACCGGCGCAGCUCCAGCGUGGACCGCUCCAGUUCCGAGCUGGAGUCCACAGAUGGCCCAGAAGGGCCACCUCCGUCAGACGCGUGCCCAGCAGAGAGAGAGGAUGACUUUUCCUUCAUCCAUCAAACCUCAGUCCUCGACUCCAGUGCCCUGAAGACCCGGGUGCAGCUGAGUAAGCGAAGCCGUCGCCGGGCUCCCAUCUCCCACUCGCUCCGGCGCAGUCAGUUCAGUGAGUCUGAGAGCCGGUCCCCUUUGGAAGAGGAGUCACACAGCACGUGGAUGUUCAAGGACUCAACAGAAGAGAAGUCACCCAGGAGGGACGAGUCGGAUGAAGAGCCGCCCAAGGUGGAGAGGACCCCUGUCAGCAAUCCGCAGAGGAUGCCUGUGUUCCCAGGCAUGGACCCAGCUGUGCUGAAGGCUCAGCUCCACAAGAGGCCGGAAGUGGACAGUCCUGGCGAGUCUCUCAGCUGGGCACCCCAGCCCAAGACCCCGAAGUCGCCCUUCCAGCCUGGGGUGCUGGGCAGUCGGGUGCUGCCUUCCAGCACAGACAGAGACGAGAGGUCAGAAGAGGCCUCACCCCAGUGGCUGAAGGAGCUGAAAUCCAAGAAGAGACAGAGCCUGUAUGACAGACAGAGCCUGUAUGAUGACAAUCAAGCUUGACCAGGUAGGAC